UAUUCUAACUUUCUAUAUAGAAUUAUAUUUUGGGUUGUCGAGGUUAAUUCUGCGAAGACUUGACUCUAUCUCAUCUUAUUCCAUUUUCCUCGACUGAACCAGGGUUCUUUUCUCUCUCGAAGCUAGGGUUUCGAUAUUCCAGCUCGCCGAAGUCAUCGUCAAGUGAGUUGAACGAUGGGUAAGAGGAAGUCCAGAGCAAAGCCGCCUCCUAAAAAGCGGAAUGACAGGCUUGAUACUGUUUUCAGUUGCCCCUUCUGCAAUCAUGGCACCAGCGUUGAAUGCCGCAUUGACAUGAAGAAUUUGAUUGGGGAAGCUGUCUGCGGGAUUUGCCAAGAGAGCUUCAGUACUACUGUCACAGCUUUAACCGAGGCAAUAGACAUAUACAGUGAAUGGAUUGACGAGUGUGAACGGGUUAACAACGUUGAAGAGGAUGGGGACGGCGCUUAGGAGGAAAAUAUUGUGGUGGAAAUGGAAGUUGCGGUAUUGAAUAGCUAGCAAUUAUUCAAGCCUGUAAUUAUAUUAGCUGUUUGUGGAAGCAAUGGUGUCCUUAUGUCUAGAUAAAAUCAUCUUAAGUAGCAGUGUAUAAUUUCAUGUAAGUGAAGGUCCAUCCAUGGUAGUAACUCCACACCUACCUGGAACCAUGACCCAAUGGGUUUUUAACUUUUUUUUACGUAUUUGGAAGAACUAUAGCACCUUGUGUUUUGCAAUA